GUUUGACUCUUGUCAGAUUGAAGCUUGCUCGAACAUGGUGAGAUUGAGCAGAGUGAUGCUAAAAGAGGCAGGACAUGCAAUCGACAAGACUCUGUCGGAGAUUCUCGUUUGCCCUCUCUCCAAGCAACCCUUGAGGGUUUGCGAGAAGACGAAGUCACUAGUCAGCGAUACAAUCGGUGUUUCUUUCCCUAUAAAAGAUGGGAUCCCAUGCUUAGUUCCAAAGGAUGGUAAAAUACUUGGGGAAGAUGGUGAUGAUGCAUCAAAAGCUUCUUGAACUUUUUUUGCUUCAAACACCACUUCAGAAAAUAAAGUGAUCAGAAUGAAAGUAGCAACGAAUCUGCAGCAAGAGGCUUCUUAAUGGUUUGUUCUUUCCUAUGUACAAGUUCUGGUAACAGUUUUAAGUUUAAAGUUCUAGUGAGAAAACCAUUGGAUUGUAAGCUAUUUGGAGGUAUAGUUUCAGGCGAAUGUACCCACCGUUUACUUGUUAAGUUUCUACUUAAGUCUAUUGUAAGCAAUUGGAAGAUAAUGGAAGAUUCUCAUUGACUGGAUUGAAACUUAAAAUUCAUGAAUUUAUAGUAUUGGAUGCUUAUUUGAGGGGCUCCAAGUAUU